CCCAGCUCGUAGGAGUUCUCCCGCACGUCGCAGCUCCAUUCACCUUUGUUCUGCAGUCCAUCCGCAGCACAGACCCAGCUCUGACAAUGUCCUGGACACGUCCAGCGCUGCUGGCUUUACUUGCUGUCCUUGUUGCCUUGACGUUGUCCAAUGGGGCUCAGCUCAGCAGUUCAGCUGUGUCUGAUGAUAAGACAGACUACAAGGCAGCUGGCCCUCAAGGUGCAAUGAAGAGAAUCUUCAUGCCUGAGACAGACGCGUUUAACUUUUUCAGACGUCGGAGCAGGAGAGCUGUGAAGUCCCAGGAUGAGCUCAAUGCUGAGCAGAGGCAGAGGCUGGCAGCAGACGAACGCAUGAAGGAGUACCACGAGAACCAGAGAAGCAAGUACGAGAACUACGCAGAGGAGGAAGGGGACGAGCAGGAUGAGAGGUCCCGUGAGGGCGGUGAGCAGUACCGAGAAUUCCACUAUGAUGGCAUCGAUCAAUCCUAAUACGUCACACCGCCUGAUGAAUGAUCGCCAUCACAGCGGAAGGAAACAAGGAGCAGGUGCACACUAUAGAGGAGCUAAUCUAAACAUGGUGCAAAAUGAUGACACAAUCUUAAUCCUUACAGCCUUACAAAAAGGAUUUAAACGUAACCAGACUUAUCAGAACUGAAACUGUACAUAAUAAGGCUUACAGUGCCACAUACGGAUCAUCUGUAUUUCAUAGUAGGAGAUUGGUGUCUUAAAAACAUUAGAAACUACUUCUUGUUUAUAGUUUUUAUUUGUUAUUUUUCAGUGGUGUGUUCUGAUUAUCUUUAGUUGUUAAGGAACUCAUUUUUCCUUUUGCUUUUGUUUUUUCAUCAUUUCAUUUGUUUGGUUUGAAAUUGAUGGUUAUACUACAUUGUAAAGAUAUAUCCUGGACCUAGAGGUUGAGACCAAACCUCACUAAAUCCAUUAUAUCUAUUUUAACUGAAAUACAAACCUAACCAGGUGGAAAUGUAAGCUACUCAAUGUUGUCGUCUGGUAUAAUGGUUCAAAUAAACUCUAUAGUCUGAAUCCGAA